AUAGUGUGGGGGACUGCAGCCACCCCGAGCGGGGAGAGUAGGGAUUAUGUGCUAGUAAAUGGUUAAAAAAAGGGGAGAAAAUGAGUGGAAAAGGAAAGAAACCACCUAAGAAAAUCGUGGGUGUCACUCCUAAAGGAAUUCUCAAAACUGGGAAGAGAAGAUCUAAGAAACCCUUGAAAACGCGUCUGGCGAAUCUUCAUGAUGCUUGUCGCCGCCUUCCACAGAAAGAAGAAGAGGACUACCCGGAACCUCUUCCCGACCCUUCACUCCGAGAUCCCUACCCCGGGGACAACCCAGGGUACGGCGCUGCGGGGUCGCCAUAUUCCGACUCAGACCCUUACCAGGACGACUCCGACGUUUAUUUAUUUCCAGCGCAGGCGAGCAACGACGACGGCCUUUCAGACAAGGAUUCGGUAUUUGAGGAACCGAACCCGGAUUCGUUAGAUCCAGAUCCGUUUGAAGGGUACGAACUUUUCGACAUGUCUGCAGGCAAGGGGCCAGCCCCCGGGCCGCCAACCAAAGUGAUUAAAGGUGGCGCUCAUAACCGCGACAGCACCAAGGACCAGAAUAAAGGCGAUGAUCUGGCAACACUAGAAGUUCUGGAUGAAAGGGUUAUACUUGAAAAUUUACAUGUCAGAUACGUCAAUGGACAGUAUUAUACGUACAUUGGAGAUGUCUUGGUGGUUGUCAACCCAUUUAAGACGCUGCACAUAUAUAAAGAGCAGGAUCAUGAGCUUUACACUAAUGCCGACAGUCGUGCCGAUCUCAAACCACACAUUUUCUGGACGGCAGACUCGACAUAUCAGCGCAUGCGCAAAGACAACAAGAACCAGGUGAUCCUUGUGAGCGGAGAGUCAGGGAGCGGGAAAACUGAGAACUCCAAAUUUGUGAUCCAGCACGUGGCUUACCUGUGUUCUGGCAACUCGGAUAAAAAUAUUUCAAAUUUGCAUAAAAAGAUUGUCGAGGUAAACCCACUUCUUGAAGCUUUCGGUAAUGCCCGCACUGCAAUGAACAAUAAUUCCAGUCGAUUUGGAAAAUUUGUUGACAUGUACUUUACGAAAUAUGGGAAACUCACUGGAGCACGCAUCAGUGACUUCCUGCUGGAGAAGUCCAGAAUAGUGCAGAAGAGUCCACAAGACAGAAAUUUUCAUAUAUUCUACUACUUAUUUGCUGGAAUGCCAAAAGAUAUGUUGGAGUACUACUCCUUAGAGAAACCAGAAAAAUACAGAAUCCUUCGAAACACGGACGGUACACCGAUAUUCGAGAGCCAACAACACAUGUCCGUGUGCAAAGAUAUGUUCGUUCAUCUCAAUGACAUCAUGAAGUUAGUUGGUUUUAUCGCGGAGGACAUCGCGACAAUCUUCACCUUGCUGUCCACAGUGUUGCACAUCUCCAAUAUUGAGUUCGUGGAUGAUGAGGACACGGACGGCGUUUACAUUGAAGAUGAGGCUCCUCUGGACAUAGCCGCUGAUCUUUUGGGUGUGAACGAGAGAGAACUGACGAAAGCUUUGAUUUCCAACAUUUCCCGCAUAUCAGGAGAGGAUGUCGUAAGUUUGAAGAACAAACAUCAGGCCAAUGACGGACGAGACGCUUUGGCCAAGGCGCUGUACGAGCGUCUGUUCGGGUGGAUUGUCGCACAGAUCAACCAUCAAUUACAGCCUGCCAAAGAACAAAGAAACGACAAAGGCCCCACCAUGGGUAUACUAGAUAUAUCUGGUUUUGAAAACUUUAAAACCAACAGUUUCGAACAACUCUGCAUCAACGUGGCGAACGAGCAGCUACAGUUCCACUUCAACAACUACAUCUUUGUCCAAGAACAGAAAGACUACGAAGACGACGGCGUAGACUGGACUACUAUCGAAUUUAAGAACAACGAGAAUGUACUUAACCUCUUUAUGGAGAAAUACCGCGGCUUUUUCGACUUGCUGGACGAGGAGACAAAGUUCCCGCAGUCCACCGACCUGAGCCUGGUCCAGAAGCUGAACAGUAACCUGAAGGACAACAAGGCCUACGUCAGCGCUCCGGGCAGUGACACCGCCUUCGCCAUCACGCAUUACGCCGCAGAUGUGAUAUACAAUGCGAAACAAUUUAUGGAGAAAAACCGAGACCGACUUGGUGCCGUGUUGGUGAAAUGCCUUCAAGACAGCGAGAUCGAACUGAUCAGAGAGCUCUUUAGCGUGGACCUCAACUCGCCAGAUGGCGUUUCACGGUCUUUGAGCACAAAGCACCUGGUGCGUUCCCCAAACAGCCCCAUACUGUCCCAGAAACGUCGCUCUGAGAACCUUUCCAAGAAAACUGCCCAGGAAAUCACGCACUACCAGUCGUUCAGAUCUAUCGUGGAGAAGGGAAAUCCCAAGUACGACACUCUACGAAAGACGCAGACGGUGGCCGCGCAGUUUAAGAUGUCACUUGGAGAGCUGAUGAAGAAAGUUUCCGCUGCCAACCCGUGGUUCGUAAGAUGUAUCAAAUCCAACAACCAGCGCCAACCAGACAAGUUUCAGAGCGACAUGGUGAUCAAUCAACUGCGCUAUAAUGGCCUGGUUGAGAUUGCCAGGAUUAGGAAGAACGGCUACCCAGUGCGAAUAAUCUUCGCAGAUUUCCUGGAAAAGUAUAAGGCCAUAGCUUUCGAGGGCAAGACCCCCGUGGAGCCACGCCCUCGCCACUGCAAGACCAUCCUGGACGCCGUGAGCACAGACGGCUAUAUACUGGGAAAGUCUAAGGUAUUCAUGAAAGACUGGCUUGUUGAGAAAUUGGACGAGUCACUAAAAAAGGUCAAGAUGACGAUCGAAGUACAGAAACACAUCAGAGGCUACCUGGCGCGCAAGGAGAAGGAACGUCUCAAGAAGGCGGAGGAUGCAAGGAAAGAAAAGGAACGACUAGAAAAAGAAAGACAAGAACGAGAAAGAAUGCAACGUGAGGAGGCCGCCAAAAAGCGCGCGGCGCCCACGCCGCCUGGUGAGAGGACGUCACGGCCCUCGUCAUCCCUCGAGAAACCCUCUCGCUCCUCCAGUGCUGAUAAAAUAUCCAGAGCUUCCAUUUCGGAUAAUAUUUCUGUCAAUUCAAAGAACUCCAAUGCAAAACUUCCUCGAAGUAACACGACGGGAAACCUCAACCACCCGUCGCGCAGUACAUCGCUGGAAGACAACAGGCGACGCUCGACGACUCUUGAAAAGGGUUACUCGGCUGACAGCAUGAAGCGCGCCAUUUUGGACGGAGAAGUGAGGAGUAUCGGGUCCACGGCGACAGGGAAAAGUUUAGAUCGCAAAAGUCGCUCCCUUGAAAACGCUAACAAGAGAAGCUCGACUCUUGACAGUGGGCUCGGUGACACUCUCCCUAACCAGCCGUCUAAAGUCCGGCUAGAUCCUAAAUCUGAGAGGGGAGAAAUUGACAGUAUUUUUGAAGAAACAGCAACGUUUUACGAGGAUGAAGAUCUUAAUGAAGACCAGUGGGACGUGUUCCAAAGCAUUCCAAGAGAACGCCAGAGCGCCAGCGAGAACUUUGAGAUCGUAUUGAAGGUCAUCAAAGUGUUCAUGUACAUCUUUAUCUUCUUGGUGGUGCUGGGGACGGCCGUGGUCAGCAAGCUCACCAUUCUCUUGCUCACAUCGGGGACUUUAUUGACGACGAACCUUGGUGACUCCCACAUGUGGGACGGCGGCAUUACAUACGACGAAUUAGAUGACCGGAAUACAAGGAUAACGCUGCUGAUCGUCUGCGUGUGUAUACCAUAUAUCCUGUCAUUUGUCACGUUUAUCUUCAAAGCAAUGUUUGGAAGCCAACCUUGGCCAAAACCGAAAACACUUAUCGUGAUUCUCACCAUUGAGGCACUCCAUUCCUUCGGACUUUGCCUUCUCCUGUUCAGAGUUCUUCCUACAAUGGACAUGAUCCGUGGACUGAUGAUAAUGGCAGCAGUAUGCACAAUGCCUGGACUCCUUGGCCUAUGUUUUGGAAAGCCGACCAACAGACGGAAGGAUACCAGCAAAGUGCAGUCCAUCUGCAUGCGUGUGCUGAUGAUUAUAGCCCCGUUGCUGCAGCUCGCCGCAAUCGCCAUUAUCAUCCUGACCGGCUUCUCCUACCGCGACCCGUCAGACAUCGGACUUGAACUACAUAAUAUUGUGAAUGGUAAUAACAGUGAAACCAAUGUGUUCAGCCGCGACAAGCCGGAUGAAGACAAGUUCGCCUUCACGUAUUGUGGAUGGGAGGUGCCAGUUGCUCUUAUCUUGGUGUCUAUCUCCUGGUGGGAAAAUUUCGCUGACCGUGAUAGGAAGAUUGGCAGGCUGUCAAUCCCGUUGAGGAAAUUCCGCGCUUCUCUUCAUGGCGUGAGAGAAAAGUCUACCGUGAUCAUUUCCGUGUGGAAGUCCUGUUUGACCAUUGCGUUCGCCUACCUUCUCCUCGCCAUUAACAACGGCGGCUUUAAGCUGGAGGUUCACAUCAGGGACGAUGUCGUGUCUUUCUACAAGCCUUAUGCAGAGUGGGAGAUCGAACAAUUCCGGGAAGAAGACGGCCAGAGGGUCGUCCCCGGUGACACCGCCAACGUCACUGAUCAAACUGUCCUAACGGCCUAUUUCGCUGGUUCCUCGCGCCACGCCCUUGAGACGAUCGCCCCCUUCAUCGCUCAGGCCGUGGGCACGUUCAUCUGCUACUACUUUGCUCGUCUGGCCUGCAAGUUGUGCAUGCAGAGAGUCAGCUUCUCCGCUCCACUGAUGCUGUCCACGCCAGUCACCUUUGUGAUCCUGUACCUGCAGUGUAAACUGGAGUUCAUCUCCAAUUACCUGACCGACGGUCUGUACACGUGGUCCUGCCCCGAGGCUGGAGGACAGAUGCUCUAUCUCCACUUUGGCUGCUUCUUCCUCUGGUGGGUGUCGGAGCUGAUGAUUGCCUGCCACAUCUGGUUCCCACAGUCCGAGCGUCUGGCCAAGUCGGAAAGGCUUUUCGUUUUACCAUUCUACUGUGGUGCUUUGAUAGAACAGUCCCUGAUGCUGAACAGACGUCGGCGAGAUAAGGACAUGAUCUCGGUUGGUGACGGCCAUUUUGAGUAUAUCGAAACCGGAACAACCAUGGAUGGAACUUCAACUUUGACCUCUCGUGGUACGAGCACCGAGGACUUGGAAGACAAGUACAAGAUCACCGAUGACGGCGUCGUUCCUAAGAUCUACGCAUGCGCGACAAUGUGGCACGAAACCCGAAAUGAGAUGACGCAGUUGCUGAAAUCCGUUUUUAGAAUGGACUUUGACCAGUGUGCCCGUAAGAAUGCCCAGGAAUAUUUCGGAGUGAGAGACCCUGACUUCUACGAGUUUGAGACUCACAUUCUGUUCGACGACUCCAUGGAAAUGAACGACAAUGAUGACACUGUGCCCAACGACUUCGUGCGCGCAUUUAUCGAGGUCAUUGACCAAGCUGCCAGCUCUGUGCACGAGUCCGUAAUCAGUCUCCACCCUCCAGAGAAGAUGCCAACACCGUACGGCGGUAAACUGGUCUGGUCGCUGCCUGGAGGAACCAAGCUGAACGUCCACAUGAAGGAUAAGAACAGAAUCAGGCACAGGAAGAGAUGGUCUCAGGUGAUGUACAUGUACUACCUGUUGGGUUUCAACCUGAUGGCCAAGCGUGAACAGUACUUGACCAGCCAGAAGGGAAAGAACAAGAAGAAGGGGAAACGCGGCACGUGGGAGAGUAAAGCUUUGAGACGCUCUCACAAGAACCAGCACUACACGAAGACGGACAUCUUUGACGACUACGACGAAUCUCUUCACAUUGCUGCUGAGAACACGUUCUUGCUGACCCUGGACGGAGACGUGGACUUCAAAUCGGACGCUGUCCGCUUACUGAUGGACAGACUGAAGAAGAACAAGAAGGUCGGAGCGGCUUGCGGACGUAUUCAUCCUGUCGGACAAGGCCCCAUAGUGUGGUUCCAGCAGUUCGAGUAUGCCAUUGGUCAUUGGCUUCAGAAGGCUGCAGAACACAUCUACGGCUGCGUCCUCUGUGCUCCCGGAUGUUUCAGUCUGUUCCGUGGUUCCGCCAUCAUGGACGACAAUGUGAUGAGACAGUACGCCACGCGGGCCUCGGAGGCUCAGCAUUUCGUGCAGUUUGAUCAGGGUGAAGAUCGUUGGCUGUGUACGUUACUCCUACAGCAAGGAUACCGUAUUGAGUAUUGUGCCGCCGCCGACGCCUUAACCCAUUGCCCUGAAACCUUCAACGAGUUCUUCCAGCAGAGAAAACGGUGGGCUCCCUCAACAAUGGCCAACAUUGUGGAUCUGCUGCAGGAUUACAAGAACACCGUCAUCGUCAACGAUAACAUCAGCCACCUGUACAUGUUGUACCAGUUCUUCUUGCUGGUGUCCACUGUCCUUGGUCCGGCCACUGUUAUGAUGACCAUCGCUGGUGCCUUCAACGCUGUACUCAAGACGAACCUGUGGCAGUCCUAUGCUCUUUCUCUUGGCCCGCCGUUCUUCUUUAUCCUAAUUUGCCUGUUCACGCGCACCAAGACCCAGCUAGCGGUAGCCAGUAUCCUUAGUGCGUUGUAUAGUGUCAUCAUGAUGGUUGUCAUUGUCGGUACCAUAAUUAACGGUGUACAGGAGUCGUUCACGUCGCCCAGCGUAGUUUUCAUAACACUGUUGGCGGCGUUCUUCUUGCUCGCAGCGUUCUUCCAUCCGCAGGAGUUUGCGUGCAUCAUCCCGGGUCCCCUGUACUUCCUGUGUAUUCCCGCCGGCUACCUCGUGCUCACGAUUUACGGCCUGUGCAACCUGAACAACAUCUCGUGGGGAACACGUGAGGUGCUAAGUAAGCGUCGCCAGAAAAUCGCGGACGAAGAACGAAAGAAGAGAGAAGAGGAAGAGAAGCAGAAGAAGAAAAAGAACUCGGGUCUUUUCGCCUGGCUGGGACUGACUCAGAUCAUGGAGGACGUCAAAGACUUCUAUCUGCAGAUGAUAGGAAGCACAAGGCAAAGCGGUCAACCAGCCCAGCAGACCCAGAUGGAAAAACUUCUCAUAAAACUUAACCAGACACUGGAGAAGCUCCCGGAGAGAAUGCGCAAAGAACAGGACCGUAAAGCUGGGCUGCCGACUUUUGACAGCGACACCGACCCCUUGGACGACAUGUACGAUCCCGACCCACAUCUUCCACUGGAGCGCAUGCUUUCUAAGAAAAAAGGAGCAGGGGUCACGGACGCCAUUAGUAUCCAGAUUCCAGAGAGUCACCAUCUCAAUCAUCUCAGUCCACACAGCCAGAAACACGAUCAUCUGAGUCCAUCCAGCGAACACGAACACGAGGUUAUCAAAGACGCUAUGGAGGACACGUGUUGGAUGUAUGACCCCGCCUUUGGAGAUGGACCCAUUUCGAACAUCACGUCCAAAGAAGUCCAGUUCUGGCGGCAGUUCAUCAAGAAAUACCUCUUCCCCAUCAAUGCUGAUAAAGAACACGAGAAGAAACUGGCUUUGGAUUUGAAAUCACUGCGUGAUAACGUCGUCUUUGCUUUCUUCAUGCUGAACUUCUUGUGGAUCAUCAUCAUCUUCCAGUUGCAGGUGCUCCAAGAGGAGCUCAAGGACGUGAUUUAUAUCCAACUGCCUAGAGCUGAUGGCGGAGUGGAGAAGUUUGAGCCCCUGGGUCUUGCCUUCUUGGCUCUUUUCGCCUUGAUCUUGAUUCUCCAGUUUGUUGCUAUGAUCGUUCAUCGAUGGGGAACCUUGCUACAUCUGAUCGCCAUCACGGAGGUGAGAGUGUUUGGCACGGGGAGGGACAGCUACACCACAGACGUCCAAGAAGCUAUACGGAUUAGUAAAGAGCUUCAGAAAAUCAAGGGCAUCAAACACGAGGCGGUGCCAGACGAGACGGUUGAUAAUGAUACCAUAUACGAGUCUCUCGCCACCAUGAACACGGACAGGACGGCAGAUACCAAUGCGACACGGGAGAUCCCCAACCAGUUACAGGAGAAUCUACGCAUGCGCCUGACGCAGCUUAAGAAGCAUGAAAUUUCCAACGCAUUGGGAGGACGCCGUCCCACAAGGAUGCACCCACUAGGUGGCGACACGUUGAAGAAAGCUUUCAUGACGCGCUUAACCAAGCUUCAAAGAGACUUGCAUUUGAAUGAGAGAGACGUUGCUCCUAAUACACAUGUUAUUAAUAUAGGCCAUGAUUAUGGUCCAGUAUAUCUUAACAAAAAUGGUGGCGGUGCAGGAGAAAAGGAAGAGGGAAAUGAAUUAUUCCGUACUCUGAGGAGAGAAAUUGCAGACAGACGCAGGCGACGUCCUGUCCACGACGUUUGGGAUAAAAAUUAAUUUUGUGAACACAUUCUUUUCUAACCAUUAGGUAAAAAUCUUUUUUGAAAAACUUUUGGGAACAAUUUAUCAUUGCCAAUACAGGACAAUGUCAAUUAAAUCUGCGUUAAUUUACAAAACUAACUUUACGUGUGAAUGAGGUCCUAUAAAUGUAGCUGGUUUUGCCAUGCUUCUGCUUUCAGUGAAUCUGCAUGUGCCAAGGUCUGUGAACUAAACAAACAUUAGGAUGCAUUUUUACUUUAUUUACGCUCGGGAAUUCGGGAAUUAUUUAUAAUAAGCCGAAGGGAAAGAUGUAGCUACAUUUGUAGGGCUUCAUUAAAUUGUGUGCUUGAUAUUUAUGUGAAUUGUAUUAUAGCGUUAAGUGUGAAAGGAACAGUUAGGAGUGGAGGAAAUAGAAUCUCAGAAAAAAAAGCAAUGUUAACGAUGUAUGAGUAGGAAUCCUGAUUAGGAGCGGCAUGUCUCUGUCAAAGAGUCCCAAUCCCCAUUGUCAUGAGGUAUUCCAGAAACUUGAGGGAGGGAGCCUGUCUCAACCAAAUGACGACGACGGGGUAAAUUAUUAAAAAAGAAAUAAAAAGUCUAGUUACUCAGCUUUGUGAUGUUAAGGGUGACGGCUGUUUCAAAUAAAGAGCAGUUAAUUUUUAUGA